CUCCAAGAACAAGUUUCACAAAACCCAACCAUCAAUGAAGAAAUUCAAGAGCUGACACUAACACUUGGAGAUUACCUUACAUAAAGAAAAAAUAAACAAAUAAAACUUUCCUUUGGGUUUUGUGGGAGUUGAUGUAAUCAAAACUGAUCAAAACACCCUCUCUUUUCCCGAAACUAGAAAUAUAAAGAAUUUCAUUUUUCUCUCUUACAAAGCCCAAUGCUCCAUGUUUACCCCAAAAAACACUCUUGAGAAAAGAUAUUUCUAGAUUCACAUCAAUGCCCACCUUGAAAAUUGAGUUUUUGGUUAUGGUGUCCAUGUCUUUGUUCUUAGUUUACAGAGAAAGAGAGAGAUUGAAAGAGUUUUCUUUCCCAUUCCCAUCAAUCCCUAUAUCAUAAUAUACUAACUGAGAAAGAAAGAAAACCAUGUGACCAUUUUUUUUUCUCACCUUCAACAAAAGGAGAGAAAAGAAGGGGGAAAUUUUUUGCAAAAAGCUUCUUCUUUCUCUGAAAUAACCCCAAAACCCAAAAUACCCUCUUCAUCAUUUCCCACGACCCGAUGCCCCCCCCCCCCCCCCCCCCCCCCCCCCACUUUCUUCAUCAUUUUCAGAUAGAAAAUUAGUGAAAAGUAAUUUUUUUUUUAAUAAAAAGACAAUAAAGUAUUGUGAUCUUUCUGUUUGGAUAUCUGUCUCUUUCUCUAUCUACAGGUACCUUCUCAAUGACAUUACAUCACUUACUUGUUAUUAACACCCUAUGUUUGAAUUCUAAUGUGUAUUUAUAUGUCUACUCAACUCUCCAACACAUUUGCCUAUCAGCUGUUUGAUAUAAUGCCUAGGUGAAAAAAAAGGUUUCUUUUUCUUUUUUUUUUCUUAUGUAGAUAGAAAAAAAAUGUUGUUCUCAUCACAAGCUUCUGUUGUUGUUGGGUGCCACAGUGAUUUAGACUUGAAAGCUCCCAUCUUUUCAUGUCUAUUGACACUGAUAGUUGAUACAUCACUUGGCUUGUUCAUGUCGUCUUUUGACUCCCUAUUUCUCUUCUCUCUUUGCCUUCUUUUUCUCUCACCUUAUUCCUCGUCAAGCACCGUGUUGAAGUAAAAGUAUUCAAAUAUCUUUGCUUCUGAAAGAGAGGAAAAUUUGAGAGAGAAACCAAAUGGAUUCUUCUGUAGUAGUUGGAGGAGGAGGGGGGGGGAGGAGAAACUUCUAAGAAAAAGGCAAUGUGGCUCUAUCCUAAGGUCAUGGGCUUCACUCCUUCUGAGAGAUGGGGGCAUUCUGCUUGUUAUUACCAGGGAAAUGUCUAUGUUUUUGGGGGAUGCUGUGGAGGAUUGCAUUUCAGUGAUGUUCUUGUACUAAAUCUUGAUACCAUGAUCUGGACCAACUUGGUAACUACCGGUCAGGGUCCAGGCCCAAGAGACAGCCACGGCGCCUUAAUUGUUGGUAACCAGAUGAUAGUUUUUGGUGGUACAAAUGGCUCUAAGAAGGUAAAUGAUCUCCACAUUUUGGAUCUUAGUACUAAGGAAUGGGUACAACCUGAAUGCAAAGGGAAUCCACCAUCACCUCGAGAAAGUCACACGGCCACGCUUGUUGGAGAUGACAAACUAGUUAUUUUCGGAGGAAGUGGAGAGGGCGAAUCGAAUUACUUGAAUGAUCUACACAUUCUAGACCUCAAGUUUAUGGUGUGGAUGAAUAUUGAGGUGAGGGGUGAUAUUCCAGUCCCAAGGGAUAGUCACUCUGCUACAGCAGUUGGUCACAAGCUGUUUGUUUACGGUGGGGACUGUGGAGACCGUUAUCAAGGGGGUGUUGAUAUGCUUGACGUGCAUUCGUUAACUUGGUCUAAAUUAUCAGUUCAAGGAUCUUCACCUGGUGUUCGGGCAGGUCAUGCUGCGGUCAAUAUUGCAACAAAGGUGUACAUUCUUGGUGGGGUUGGAGAUAGACAAUACUACAAUGAUGCUUGGGUGCUUGAUUUAUGUACUUGCUCAUGGACUCAACUCGAUACGUGUGGUCAGCAACCUCAAGGGAGAUUUUCUCACACAGCUGUGGUUGCAGACUCAGACAUUGCCAUAUAUGGAGGUUGUGGGGAGGAUGAACGACCUCUCAAUGAUUUGUUGGUCCUGCAACUCGGAGCAGAGCAUCCGAAUGGCCGGUACAAUGUUUCGAUGUGCAAAAUUUUUGGAAAACACUGGAAUAAUCAAACAAGGAAUUCUUUACGAGAAGAUCAGAGCAGCAUGAAGACUAAGCUUAUGGGGAACAACAUAGAGCUAGUUAGAAAGGAAGAUCAUGGACAGAAAUUGGAGACAAAACACUCUACUCAGUUCAUGUCAGAGACAUUACAUCCAAAACGGAGGAGAACCAUGAAUCCAAAAGUGUGGGAGGUUGAAUCCGAGCAAGAGGAACAUUCUUUGUCGUUGUCCCAGCAUUCAUCUCCAUCACAAUCCGAUCAAGAACAGACCCCAGUUCGAAAAGUCUCUGAUUCAGUAACAAGCUCCCAAGGAUUAAGACUUCUCAAGCAUGUGAAUCAUAGCUCAACAAGCGAACCUUACAGCAUUUCUAGAAUCCAACCUGAGUUCCGAAAUGUUGUCCAAACUGCUGCACAGCAAGAUCUUUCAUAUUUCGGACACCAGAAUCCGCUAAAGACCGAACAGCAGCAGCUUCUCCACGUUGUUCGUCCAGUGAAAGAACACAAGUCCUUGGAGACUGGCCUCAUUCAAAACAUGAUUGGAUCUGAGGUUCGAGGAAGAGUUGACGGUGCCUUUGACUCUGGCUUCCUAAUGACUGCUACUGUCAAUGGGAAAGUAUAUAGAGGCGUCCUGUUCACACCCGGACCCGGGGUCUUCUCAAGGGCCAGCAUUGUUACCGAAAGUUCACCUCUUCCUACAAACACACUCCCGAACUCGAACUCAAACCACGUAGAACGGUCAAAGAGUUUGCAGCAACGACCGUCAGUUCUGGUACCUGAGUCGUCAGGUCAGAGCUUCAGGCAAGCUCAACUGAUCAGUCCUCCUCCUGUUCCAAUCAUAAAACCAACUCCAUCUUCAUUGCCAGUUAAGCUUAGGGAUGAUCUUCAGGGUGUGUUUUUAACAUUAGGAGGACCUGGAAAUGGCUCUGCUUAAGAACGAGAACAAUCAAAAUGUGUAAAGACAUAUGUUGGAAGAAGAAAGGAAAAAAAAUGGGGAAAAAAAUGAGAAAAAAAAAAUGUUUGUAAA